ACUGCUCUCAGUGCUUUUUUCCAAGAAACUAACAUCCCCUACAGCCACCACCAUCAGAUGAUGUGCACUCCUGCCAACACGCCGGCCACGCCGCCCAACUUCCCCGAUGCCCUCACCAUGUUCUCCCGCCUCAAGGCCUCCGAGAGCUUCAACAGCAGUAGCCCUGUGGCCUCCAUGGCGACUUCCCCGCCGCCCCCGGCCCCGCCGCUACCCCAGCACGGGAGCAUGUGGACUCCGGCCCCCCCGGCGCAGCCUGCGGGCUGGCCAGCCGCCGUCUCCCAGCAGGCCACGGCAGAACAGAAGGCCAACGUGACCAUGGAGGCAGAGAGAUGAGGCCGCGGCAGAGAGCGAACGCGGCGGGGACCCCUGCAUAUAAAUUUUUUUUUCUCUUUUUUUUCCCCCUCCCUGAAGAGGAGAGGAACUCUGCUGCCAGGGCAUCUGGCAGCUGCUGAGACACACAAGCAGAUAGCUGCCUUGCAUGGGUUUGGUUUGAAGUAGUUUUUACUUGUCCUCAAGCUGAACGGAGCUCCCCAGAGACAGCAGCAGGCUGCGUGGGACACGGGACCGGUGCUGGCCUCUGCCUGGGACCCAGUUGCUGCCAGGCUCUCCGGGAGGGAGCACCCCCUCCUCUCUUGGGACACCGGAGUUUGCAUGCGAGUGACAUUUACAGAGGAGGUCCCUUCUUCAUGGUCCCCUGGGCACCCCACCAGGCAGAGUGGGUUGUGCCUGCGUGUUUCCCCCCAUCUCUUGGCUCCACUCGACUGGGUGAGGGGCAGACACCCCAUGCGGCUUAUUUUUUGUAAGGGGGGCAGAGAGCCAGGGCUGUUCCUGCUCGGCCGCAGCCUCCACCCCACGUGUGCCGUGCUCGCUGGUGAGCAGGGCUGGGGACACUGGCUCCCAGGGAGGUGUCUGGCCCCUCACCCAGCCCCAGCAAUGGAGAGCAGGGGGUGAGCCACAGGUGGCCCGGCUGGGCCAGCACCCUCUGCCCUUGUCCUCCUGGGAUGGGGUUUGCCCCGGGGCUGUUUGCAUGACACAGUGUAACCCUAGAGACUGGGAUGGUUUUUAACCCCUCUGUUCUUUUCUCCCGGUGGCUGGAAGUCUCUCCGGACACGCCGCAGCCGCUUGCAAUACACGCUCUUCUGCUUUGAA